AUGGUUCGCGUUACCGAAGAGCUGGCGCUGUCGUCAGAUAGUGUUACUCUCUACCACGCCGCCGAUCCUCUACUCGGCCAUCUGCCUCUGCUGCUAUUCCACGGGCCCUCGACCACCGCAAACUAUACCCUCAACAGCUCUCGAGUACAAGUCCAUGUUUUUACGCCCGCCGGCUUCCAGAGCUUUCCCCGAAUAACAAUAUCGCCCAAUUCCCCAUUUUACAGCGUAGUCCACCACCUACCCCGCGAGUUUCAGGGAGAUGAGGUCUACCGCGCCCUCGCCUUUGGCCUCUUCAAAUAUUUUACAGAACUACCCGAUGGCGUCAAAACAUACCUUAAGAAUCUAUACCCUACACGAGGUCGACGUCCCGGUAGCGCACCUGCGCUGUUCAGUGAGCAACAUGCCGCCGAUAUUGUUAAGGACAUGGUCCAGAGCGACCACACGGCCGACAUCAUCGAGACACUGCAAGACGCUCUACAGACACAACAUAUCAGCCAUGUAGAUAUGGACCUCGUCCUUCCACCGGGCGCUAUCGUGCCUCUUCAGUCCGCCGAUCUCGAAGAAGUGCCCGACGACGAAGAUGAUAUCCUAGACCCGACAUUGCGACAAUAUGGAGGAUAUACCCCUCUGAUAAAGCUCUUUGGAGAGCCAGUAUUCCUACCGACCAGCCGCCUACGAAGAGCACCAUCGAAACCGACUGCGUUAAAUCGGAGCAAAUCUUUCCUCAAGGACCAGAAAAUGGAACUGCGAAUGAAACUCACAGAACUCGUGGAGACUGAGGAACGAUAUGUGUCUAAAGUGAGGGAGUUGGUGACAAAUGUUGCGGCUGACUUCCGCGAGGGUGCUCAAGCGCGAGCACCUGGUAGCUUGAGUCCUUCUGAAGAAGAGUUGGAGAAACUCUUUCCCAGUUCAGCAGAUGGUAUUCUGCAGGUCAAUUCUGCCUUUAUGGAGGAAUUGCGGAGAAUUCUCGACGACACGGAAGAGGAGGCGAUACGAGACAUGGAGACGCCGACAAUGCACUUUAUGGGUUCAAAGAUCGGCCGAACGAAAGAUCCAAGCGGUGCCCUGGCUAUCGCCAGAUUAUUCCUGGAGUGGUUCCCCAAAUUCACGGCAUGCUAUCAGGAUUACAUUAAAGCUAGCCAGCACUUCCCUACGCUACUCAACUCCUUCCUCGAUCAACAGUCGAGCUUCAGGCAGAGAGUGGCUCAAGCUGGAGAGCAGACGAUCCGCUCUAUUCUCAUUGAGCCCGUGCAAAGGCUUCCCCGCUACAGCUUGCUCAUUGACCAGAUCGUUGGAUGUAUUCCAAUGACACACCCCGCUCUGCAGCCCAUGCUGAAGGCGCGAGAUAUCAUCACAAAUAUCUGCUCAAUGGAUGAGCCCUUGCCUGACAAGCCUCACGUUACCAAUAGACUUCGAAAUAUGGUUGAAGCCUGGCCGUUGAAUCUUGAACCGCAAGGACGCCUCAUUGCAACGGCCGACUUUACCGAAUUGGCACCACCCUUUCAGCCGUUGCUUAAUCAGUCAGACAGAUCCGGUAUCUUUCUCCUCUUUUCUGACUGCGUGGUCAUUCUCAAGAAGAUGAGUGGAACCAUGACAGGACGAGACCUCUUGCGUGAGAUUGAGAAGCCCUCUGCAGCUGGACUACUUAUCUCAAUGACAAAUGCCGCAGGUGGCCCAGCCGCGUAUGAGUUUGUUUUCACUGGAUGGCAUGACUUGGCCGAAGUCCGGUUUACCGAAGCAGAUGAUGGCACGCUCUUUUGGAUGACUUCGACGGAAGAGAUGAGAGGUGCUCACCCGGGCGAGCACAGAAUCAGUAAAGCGGUUACCUCGCGAUGUUUCCUUCUACAAGAGAUAUACGAAGCAAGAGCCUCGAAAUGGGGAGAGGAUGUGGUCAAGGCGAGAGUUGAGGCUCGAUUCUCAGAAAAGGAGCGAGAGGACCCCACCUGGACUUUACGGUCAGCGCGUAUGCCGGAUAGCAACCUGGGCCUUCACGCAGCCAUUUUCCAGGAGGGCGCCGACCAACUUAUCGAGGGUCGCAAGGAGCCUGCCCCGAUUCGAGUGGUUGUCGAUCAUGAUAGGGGCACUAAAGGAGCGCCCGUGGGCCACUACGGCGUUGAGAUUGUUGUCAACGUGACGACCAAUGACAUGAAGCGGGUAUCUAUGCUCACAGUUGGACUGAAUGGGAGGCAGUUCCAGGACGAUGUUGCACUGGAAGACUUCCUCCCUACGAUGUCGCGCCGAGUGAUACAACUUUUGAGUACACAGCACAAUGUUUCCAACAUGCAACUCACAGCACCGCUCGUCUCGUACUACUCCAAGACACUGCAUGGUCUCCUACUCAACACUAGAGCGGAGAAGACCAAGUCAUUCCUCGCUUCGUCCCCUGUGAAGCUCCUAUCCAGCUUCUGGGGCGGCAGCUCCGUUCAUCUUUCAGACACGGCAAGCGUGAGCUCAAAGCACAAGCAGGUACCUUCGAUUCACCGAAACAACAGUCAGGCAUCCGUUGUUAGCUCAAUAAAGGGUGGCAAGGAUGGCAUAUCUCAAGAGGAAACCCGUACCGAAAACCCAUUGAUGCGCUUGGAGCAGACAUUCACUAGUUACGUUGCCGCUCUGCAGAACCGCAAAGGUCUUAUUAUUGGUCGGACCUUGCUGCAACGCUCAGUGGUUGACGAACUGACUGUUAACGAACUCUACAACAGGCUCAUAGAGAGCCCUUAUGACUUUGAUGCGACCGCUGACCUAGGUACAGAGGUCAUCUUUGUUGCUUUUGAAAAGUUUCUUCGAAUCGCAUGGGCCGAUCAAAUAAGCCCCGUUAUGUCGAUGAAAUCUAUGGAUACACUUCAGGCACGUGUUAACAAACGAGUGCCUGGCGACUUUGCAGAUUUUGUCAACUUCUUGUUCGGCGAUAUGGCACCUCAAAAUCGCCGUGCUUUUACUGCCCUCAUCAAGCUUUUGGCCGAUCUGCUGGACGGGUGCGGCAAUGAUGGCGACAGAGGAGCACUGACACUUGCCUUUGCGGAAUUGCUCGUAUAUGAUGGAACAGCCGCGAAUUACAUCAAUCUACUAGACCGUCUCGUGGAAGACUGCGAUCGGAUCUUUGAAGAGCCUAGCUUGAAUCACAGCUUUGGACUGGAUAGCUCAACUUAUGAGUCAAUUAACUCGGCCAUCCGUGGCAAAGGAUAUACCCCCUCGUUGGCAUCAAACACUUCCUCACUGCGCCGCAAGUUUGGAUUCGAUACCCUGUUACGACAGAACAGCAAAGACGAUCGUUCAUCAGUAUGGCGACAACUCAGUAAGCACAGAAACCCCGCAGCAGGCGAAGCAAACAGCUUAUCCAAAGCGUCACUAGGCCGCUCCAGGUCUAUCGAUGACAACACAAUUCCCAAAAAGUUGGCCCGGAGACCAGGUUCUAGGGAUCGUCCACCCAUAGCAGGGGCUUUUGACGAGAUACAGAGACCAGGAAGCUCCCAUAGGUUAUUGGAAACAAUAGGAGAGCCAGAAACGGAGCGACCACCGCCAACACCACGGUCGCCCAAGAAGAAGCGUCGCAGCUCCUUAUCCGAUUUGAAGAACCUGAUGGCAACGACUACACUCGACGAUGGCGAAGAAUCACCGCAGCCACUUCAAGAAGCGAAUCAAACAUCGGAGAAACUCAACGCAACAAGCCCCAAGACAACGCCGUCUAGAAUACCAGUUAGUCCCGGAGUAGCCCAGACGAUGCGAGUGUCAAGACAAAAGGAGAAUGUCUUGGAUAUGCUUCAACCUAGCCUAUUUGAACCAAGUCCUUUAGAGCCGUCCGAUGAGACAGUUCGGCGGCCCUCACCACUGAAGAUCCACAGGCAUUCCAAGACACUAUCAUCAAGCAACAUUCCGACAUUGCGCCCUUACCGUUCUGCGCCCCCGGGAGCUGAAUCGCCCCCUCGCCCGAACUCGAGCCCAUCCAGGCGUGGAACCCAGAGACUCCGCUUACAAUCACCGCAAAAGCUUCGAGAACGACUCAACACAGAGAAGCAGGCUGUUGACGACGUGGAUGCUGCUCUCAAAUCUGAGCUAUCCAAAAUUGGCGAAGAGAUGGCACGCCUCAAUGAGGCACAGUCUCCAGGAUCAAACUCGGUUGAUUUACGACAAGUGACUGCUGCCGUCCGAGAGUUGGAAGACCGAGUUCCUGCUGCUAUUCACGAUCUUCAAGAGAAGCACACUGCGAUCCAGCGCGAUAUGGAGACUACGGUCAAGGCAGCUGAAGCCAAGGUCCGGGCCAUUGAUCAAUUAUACAAAGAGGCAGUAGCAGAGAACGAAUUACUAUACGAAAAGUUCAACGGUGAACUUGGCAAGAUCGUCAAAGCUCUCAAAGGCAAGGGCAAAGAAGAAAAGGAAGAACUUAUGGUUCGGCUGCGCGAUCAAAGCGAUGAGACAGCGAGGAUGAAGAAGGAGAACGCGCGACUCAAGCGCGAGAUGGUUAGUCUGCGCGCGGCGUUGAAGGGGACGACAGAGUAG